AUGUCCUUGGUGCAAUAUUCCGACUCUGAGUCAGAUGCAGAUGACCAGCCCGCAUCACCUCCCGCCAAGAAACCCCGCCAUGAAGCUCCCUCCAAAGGCCCAGCACUGCCUCCAUUGCCAGCAGCCUUCCACGACCUCUAUGCCUCGAGCACGCGCGUCAGUGUAAAAGAUGACCCGAGCCUCCAUGGUGGCCGGAAACGCGUCAUACCCCAUGUGGAAGGUAACUGGCCGACACAUGUCUAUGUGGAAUCCAAGGAUGAGCUCGCACUCCUUGCAGACCUCAUAGCUCGCGCUCAGUAUCCGGCGGAUCUGUCCGACGACAAUGCUAGUGAAAGUGCCGGCACCCCGCGCCUGCACAGUCUUUUGCACAGUGACCUGGGCGCCCAGCUCCCGCUGCACAUCAGCUUAUCAGCCCCCGUGGUCCUACGUACCGAGCAGCGUGCCUCGUUCACCGAGACCUUGACGAGAAGUAUACGAGACUCGCACAUUCCACCUUUCACCGUCAUCCCGGAUACUCUCAAAUGGGUAUCCAAUCAUGAGCGCACACGCUGGUUCCUAGUCCUCCACGUUGCGCGACCAGCAUCAGAUGGUCUGAAUCGCUUACUUGCGCUGUCGAAUCGGGCACUGGCUGCUUUUGACCAGCCAUCGCUGUAUGCGUCCUCGCGUGGGGCUCGUCGGAACCGUGCGCUGGUCGCACAUGGUCGGGGUCAGGAUCUGAGUGAGUCUGGCGGGGACUACUCGGAUUGCUUUCAUGUUUCGCUGGCAUGGAGCUUGGUCGAGCCUGGUAAGCUGGAUGAGGAGCGUGUGAGGGGGUUGGACUUGGGGGAUGUAAAUAGUAUGAGAGUGAGCUUUGAUAGUGUGAAGGUUAAGAUUGGGAAUCAUGUUGAGAGUGUUGUACUCCCGGCUGAGAUAUGA